AUGUCCAGCUCAGCCAUGAAGAAAAAGGUGUUAUUGAUGGGAAAAAGCGGGUCCGGGAAGACCAGUAUGAGAUCAAUCAUCUUUGCCAAUUAUAUUGCUCGAGACACACGUCGCCUCGGAGCAACAAUUGACGUGGAGCACUCCCACGUACGAUUCCUCGGCAAUCUCGUCUUGAAUCUUUGGGAUUGUGGAGGACAAGACACUUUCAUGGAGAACUACUUCACAAGCCAAAGGGACAACAUUUUUCGCAACGUGGAGGUGCUUAUUUAUGUUUUCGACGUGGAGAGCCGCGAGCUAGAGAAAGACAUGCAUUACUACCAGUCGUGUCUGGAAGCCAUCCUGCAGAAUUCCCCUGACGCCAAAGUCUUCUGUCUCGUGCACAAAAUGGAUCUGGUGCAGGAGGACCAGAGAGACUUGAUUUUUAAGGAACGUGAGGAAGACUUAAAGAGACUGUCUCGGCCUUUAGCGUGCACGUGCUUCAGGACGUCCAUCUGGGAUGAAACCCUGUACAAGGCGUGGUCCAGCAUUGUGUACCAGCUAAUCCCCAACGUUCAGCAACUGGAGACCAAUUUGAGGAAUUUUGCGCAGAUCAUCGAGGCGGAUGAAGUCCUUCUCUUUGAGAGAGCCACUUUCCUGGUGAUCUCCCACUACCAGUGCAAAGAGCAGCGGGACGCUCACCGCUUUGAGAAGAUCAGUAAUAUUAUCAAACAGUUCAAACUCAGCUGUAGUAAACUGGCAGCCUCUUUCCAGAGCAUGGAAGUGAGGAACUCCAACUUUGCGGCCUUUAUUGACGUCUUCACCUCCAACACAUAUGUCAUGGUUAUCAUGUCUGACCCGUCUAUUCCCUCUGCGGCCACCCUCAUCAAUAUCCGUAAUGCUAGGAAACACUUUGAGAAGUUGGAACGAGUGGACGGACCCAAACACAGUCUGCACAUGCGAAUGCGCUAG